AGCAUCUCCCACGCGGAACCAUGUGCGAUUACGAGGAAUUCCACUACGCCUGUGGGCACGUCACCAGCCAGCUCCUCUCAUAUUGCCACUUCGCGCGCUGUGAUCCAUACCAUCAGUGCUUUGGCGUGAAAGUCACCAAACAGGCCUGGCAGAGGAACGCGACGUGUCCGCUGUGCCAUGAUGCUGCUGCGGCCUCGAAGAGGACCUAUGUCAAGGCCCGUCAUUAGAGCUCUGAUUCACUGGUGGGAGGACAGAUUUGGAGCACGGGUGAGACUGUUGUUGACAAGGGGCUAUCAGGAAGGCGGGGUUGGUGUGUUUGACAUGGUUUCUAUGACGAUUGCUUUCUCCGGUAAUGUGUAAUGUGUAAUGUCAGUCCUUUCCGGAUUAUUCCUGGUGAAGGAGAUUGUGUUCUAUAUUAUGUCGAAGUUUUGCCUGGUCGCGUUGCAUGGCAAUGGAGAUUCCUUUCCUC